GUCAACGUUGCACUCAAUUAGUCAAUUAGUGACUCAAUACGUCAGCAUAAACAAUAACAAUGAAACUUCAUCAAUCAUUAAAACGUGAUUAAAACCUAAUUUUGCCAAAUAUUGUGCGUGUAUAGACUUUAUUUAUGGUCAAGGCAAUCUACCGGCGUUAGAAGAAAUAAUCGUACCUACAAAAGCCGAUUUUUGACCAUGGCACAUUCCAGUGUAGUGCCCCCAGGAAAACGAAAGGAAAUCUACAAAUAUGUGGCCCCAUGGCCUCUUUACAGCAUGAACUGGUCCGUGAGACCAGACAAAAGGUUCAGGCUCGCUUUGGGUAGUUUUGUAGAGGAGUACAAUAACAAGGUGCAAAUUGUAUCACUUGAUGAGGAUAGCAGUGAAUUUACAGCGAAAAGUACCUUUGAUCACCCUUAUCCUACUACAAAGAUUAUGUGGAUUCCUGACAGUAAGGGAAUAUUCCCUGAUCUAUUAGCCACAAGUGGUGACUAUUUGAGGGUUUGGAGGGCUGGAGAACCUGAUACAAGACUGGAAUGUGUACUGAACAAUAACAAAAACUCUGAUUUUUGUGCACCAUUGACAAGCUUCGACUGGAACGAAGUCGAUCCAAACUUAGUCGGAACAUCAUCCAUAGACACUACAUGCACUAUCUGGGGACUUGAAACUGGCCAGGUUAUGGGCCGAGUAAACCUGGUAACAGGCCACGUAAAAACCCAACUGAUCGCACAUGACAAAGAAGUGUAUGAUGUCGCGUUUUCGAGGGCUGGUGGGGGUAGAGACAUGUUUGCAUCCGUUGGAGCAGACGGUUCCGUCAGGAUGUUCGAUCUGCGGCACUUGGAGCAUUCAACUAUCAUAUACGAAGACCCUGCACAUACCCCUUUGCUGAGGUUGGCUUGGAAUAAGCAGGAUCCGAAUUAUUUGGCUACCAUAGCUAUGGAUUCUUGUGAGGUGAUCAUUUUGGAUGUACGAGUCCCUUGCACGCCGGUGGCUCGCCUAAACAACCACCGCGCCUGCGUGAAUGGCAUCGCUUGGGCCCCGCACUCAAGUUGUCACAUUUGCACGGCGGGGGAUGACCACCAAGCGCUCAUUUGGGACAUACAGCAGAUGCCGAGGGCCAUCGAAGAUCCCAUCUUGGCUUAUACCGCAGCCGAAGGAGAGGUCAAUCAGAUCCAGUGGGGCGCUACACAGCCCGAUUGGAUCGCUAUUUGUUAUAAUAAAAGUCUUGAGAUACUCAGGGUCUAAACCUACUGAGAUCAAGGCUGAUUCAAGACUCCCGGAACGGCAAAAUAUUUUCACACAACCUGGUUGGAUCGCCAUUUGUUAUACUGUUGUAUUGAGAUACUCAAGGAUAUACAGGAUAAUUCAAAAUUCCAGGAACAACAAAAUAUUUUUGUGGGAUUUAAGGGGUUUAGGAUUUUUAUGAGGCUAUCGAGUGGUGACCUUGAGCAUAACUGAAGUUGAAUCGGAUUCAAGACGAUGCUUUUUUAAAUUGGAACCGAUACUUUUGAUGUUUGAAACGGACAGCGCGGGAAGUUCUACGUUCAGACGCGACCUUGGGUGGAAAUCAUUUUGACCUUGAAAACCUUGUUUUCGAUCAACUUUUUUCUCUUUUUACUUCCCGCGCCUAUCGGCGAGGAAGUGUUGUAAUCAGGAAAAUGUCAAAUAGCCGCAGAUUUUGAAAAUUGAUUCACAGGCUGCAGAACUACAGGCAAAAUACUAAGAUUGCUGGUACAAAGAUUCCUGCUCAUUUUCAGACAUUGUUUAGAGAGGAUGAAAACUGUACGUUGGAAGUUGUAUGCGGUAAAUUCUUGCAUAUUUGGGGUCGGUGAAAGACCUUCUAUUAUUAAGAAGCUGCUGGUCUCAGUGAUACUAUGCAAAUGUUUGACAAUUAUGUCUAAAAUGUGUGUAUUUCCCUUACAUCUGCCAUGGAAACAGAAGUACGAUGGAUUUGCUUUAUACAGGGUAAAUAGUACGUCAAAAAAAUGGGGAAUGUUGGCGAAAGGCAGAUCUACAACAUACCAAAAAAUGAUCCUAGUAAAAGUUUCACUGUUUUUGCGAUAUUAAUUUUUUUGUCUUUUUCGAAAAAUUUACUAGUUUGAUCUACCUGUUGUUGCUGAUUAAGCAGGUAAUUUAUCGCAAUACUUUGCAGUAGCAGUUUAGUACAUUUGUAUUUCAUUGCUAAAUACCAAAGUUGUGUAAAAUAAAAAAAAUAAACAAAAUAAAAAUUACCAUGAAGAAAUUAGUUUGUCAAGUUUACCAACUUGUAUUUGUCGAAAAUGAUAUUUCAAAUGGCAGAUGAACUAACAGAGAAUAUUUUGCAAAAAACAUCAAACAGAUAUCCUGUUAUUAGAUAGAUUAAAAAAGGAGAGACACAAAAAUGAAUAUCUCAAAAACAGUGAAACUUACUAGGAUAUCUUGUAGAUCUGCCCUUAGCCUAUUGUCUCUAUUUUUUUGCCGUAAUAUUUACCGGACACCCUGUAUAUGCAUAGGUUGAAUAUUAAUCGCAACGAUGGGCCGUAUCGUCAGUCGUUCCUACCAUUGGACGGCUUUUUGCAGAAAGGAAUCAACCUUGAGCAAUUAGGCUUUAAAGUGGCAAUGACAACAAAUUCAUUUCAGACCAAACGCGAUUUUAAUUAAUAGCAUACUAAAGGCUUUAAAUAUGUGCCUGAAUCUUGUUUACAGCAAAUGGUAUUGCUCGUAAUAGUUUAUUUUCCUGAAAUCUAGAUUUUUCAUAUUUACUGGGUUGGUUCCUUUCUGCGAAAAGCCGUGUAAUUGUGGGACGCCUUUGUGGCCUCCUUGAUUUUCAUAAUAUUUUCUCUCCAGAAAAGCUGGGGUAUUUCUAGACUUCUACUGUUCCGUGUCAUCGAUCUCCUAAUGUGAGGUUAUGUUUUCUUUUUGAAUCCUAAGAAAUUUCAGGCUAAUAAAACAGAUGCCAAAAAUCAAAAAGGUCGUCCUACAAUAGUAGGAACGACUGACGAUACGGCCCUAAGUGAAUCUACAUAGUUAUGAUUCAAUUUCGCCGUUUGAAACGACUUGACUGAUCGUUUCUCGUUGAAACCUUCAACAAAGGAAGAAGAGUCAAUCUACUUGACGCAAUUUUUUAUAUGUAGCCUGUGAAUUGUGAUUCUUAUGGUAGUGUCAGUUAACCUUCGACAAGACUUGCGUAUUUCAAUAGUUUGUACAAUUGACGAUGAUAGUUAUUUGUUGUAUAUUGCUUAAAUGUAUUAGGCUUUUAUUGUGUGCUAUUUUAUCCUUCAGUGUAUUUGAAAAAUCGUUUUAAUAGAGCUUUGUCUAUAUAGGGCGUUACUUGAUGAUAGGCCGUUAUUACGAGGGUUGUUUUUUCUACGCAUUUUUUUAGACGUGAAAUCCCCUUUUGCACUCAAAAACAUUUUUGCGAGGCCUUUUUUUAAAGAAAGUGGUCUACUAAAUUUUUUUAAAUUUUCGUGCAAAAAAGUGUUUUUAGCCUUUUUUGAUGAAGUUAUUUCAUCUCAAAACACGCCAAUUAUUUACAUGAUUUUCUUCAUUUGCCAGGGUCGAGUCUAAGAAAGAAAUAUGAUUUAUGACUAUGGUCUAAACCCUUACACUUUAAUUUUUUAAGCAAUGAACCAUUUUAGGAAAGUUAUAAUAAAAUAUAGGUCUGCCAGGAAAUAAAUAAAUUCGUAUAAGAAAUCUUUUUUUUGUAGUGCUAAUCAAUCAUAAAUAAGCACAUGUUAUUACAAAAUAUUCAUAUUAUUUGCACAUACUAUUAUUUGUUUGGUAUUCUUAAAUGGAAAUCUUAGAUAAUGCCCAUGAAAGUUCAUUACAAAACCGAUCAAAUAAAAAAUCAACACUUACUUAUAAAUAUUUAUUUCAUCUUGUCAUUCUAUCGCUUCGUAAAUGUUCAUAUCUUGUUUAUUUACCUUUUAUCAAGUAUAUAAUUUCCUCAACAGUCGGUCGCGAGGAUCUUUGAAAUGUCAAUAAAAACAUUUUUUCUUAUAAAACUUUGACACCCUGUAUGUUGAUUAGUUGACUUUUCUACUUAAAUUUGGUUCAGCAAUGCCUUUAAUUACAUCCUAUCAUCAAGUAACACCUUGUAUAUUGCCUCUUCAUGAAGACUUCAGUGCAAGAGCAGGUUAUGUCCAACAUGGAUUUGUAUGUAAACGCUUUGUUUUUUCCAUUUGAUGCGGGAAUUUCAAACUAGUAUAAACAGGUGGAAACUCGUUAGAUAGUUGGAAAUUGGACUUAACCAGUCCUUGUGAUAGAGUCUUCAUAUAAAUUAUUAUAAUCAUACAUUUUUUGUAAAUACCAUUAGUUAUAGGAAUAAUUAUACAAUUUUUUGUAUAAUAAAACUUCAAAAGUA